UUUUAAGGUCAUCGGUAGUCACUAACGACUAAAUACACACACACACAAAGCACACCACUAUGUCAGAAGAGAAGAAGAUUGUGAUAGAGACUGUUGUAGUAGAGACCACUGUACAGGAAGAGCCACCAGCUCCGGCUCUUCCGACAACUGAACCUCCAAAGGAGGAUGUUGGGAAGCCCAUUGAAGCUGAGGUUACUGAGGCAACCAAAGUCGAAGAAAAGCCGGCUGAAGAGGUCGCGAAAGAAGAGAAACCGGCUUCACGCAUCUUCAAGCGACCUACUUUGAAAUGGGGCAAAAAACGCGACGAGCAUGCCGCUCCCAGGGAGCCAGAACAAGCCAAGGAUAUUCGAGAAGAUGCCCUUGGUUGGAUUGCACAACAGAUACCCCCUGCUGUGCACAAGGUGAAUUACCACGUUUUGGAUUGGGCACAGAAACUCGCCUAUGAGGAUUCGGAACGACCUGCUCUGCCUGGAAAAGACUGCUCGAUGACCCGUAAUCAGUUCUUGGCCCACCUGCGUGAUGGAAAGCUGCUUUCUGCGUUGGCUAAUAAAUUACAGCCUGGUGCGGUCUCUGUGGAACCUGAAAUUGUUGCCGUUGUAGAAACUGCUCCAGUUACUACAUUGGCUCCUGCCGUCGAAGUGACAGAACCUGCUGCUGCUGUCGCUGCUCCCGCUGAACCAGAAGCAUCCGGUGAUGCUGAGAAGAAAGAUGAACCGAGCGCUGAGCCAGCUAAGCCCGAAGAAAAGCCUGCCGCCCCUGUUGAGAAGUCUCCGAAGGAAAAACAGGCCGAACUCGUUGGCAAAUUCGCGUCAUGGGCCAAAGAAAGCCUUGGUUUGGAUGAAAGCAAGGCUAUGACCGCCGCAGACCUGCUCGAGAAGGGUAAAGCCGGCUACCCAGCUGUCUUUGAGACCCUCUGGCAGCUUGCACUGAAAGCGCAGGAGAAAUUUAACAAAGAAGCAAUUGACGUAGAUGCAGUACUGGCUGCGGCAAGCCAAGUCGUCCACACAAACAUCAUCCAGACGAUCCUAAACUUCUUCAGGCAGCGUCGUCCAGCAGCUCCUGUAGCUGAUAAGAAAGACGAGCCAGCACAACCUGAUCCAGCAGCCGGAGAUGCUGCGCCAAAUGCACCAGAAGGUGAACAAGUGGCUGAGGAAGAAUGCAAAAAGGUCGAUGCCUUAACGUCGCCGGCAGUUGCGGCAAACUAGGCUCUUCAUUCAGGGGCCCGCUCACUGAGUGAUCGGGCUCAAAUUUUCCUCCAGAUCUGCCGGUUGUUUCUUCCUCUCGUCCCCCCAAUCUUCACUAAAUCUUGUUCUGCAGAAUGCUGAUCCCAUCUGAUCUGCUUUCGACGCGUUGCGACUCGUUGUCGUUUGCGGUACUCAGAGCUUCAUUUGCCCCCAACAUUAUUAGUCUGUUUGUUUUUUGCCCUCUCUGUGUAAUUCCAUAAGUCAUCAUUUCUCUGUAAAUGAUUUGUUUUGGAUUAUCUUAAUGUGUAUCCCUUGAGUUUUUCUUGCAUCCUUAUGUACUGAUGUAUGAUUUUUAUUUUUCGUGCAAGAAAUCGGUUCGAGGGGCGUAUCUGGUAGCUGAUAGCUUGAUAUUUUGUCAUAAUCAUCAUCUUUUCGUUCAAUUGCUGUUUUGCGUUGAUGUGGUGAUUUGGUGAUUAUAUUAUGAGACUAAGGCGAGAGAAAUUGUGAAGAACUAUAAACGAACGCCACAUCUUCGCC